CCGCUCCUCACUAUUUUUGUCGUUUUGCUUGUUCAUCUCUGCUGGCGUGAUGACAGAGGGCAGAAGUUUGUUUUUGUGGCCAUGCAGUGUGGUCAGUCACAUGUGAGGACUUGGAUCAUACCAUUAUGGGAAAGCAGAGAGGAGGGAGGGCAAUGUGGCUGACUUGAGUUACAAAUUACACAAUACCAACAUUUCUGCCAAAGUUUAAGCCAUCGUUGUUGAAAGUGAAGCAGGAAGUAGAAACAUAAAUUAACCCAAUUGGCAAAUAAGACUUGGUGGUUUGGUGUCGUUACAGAGCGAGUCAGACUCAUGACAUUUAUACCGCUUGUUUACUAAGUUCGGUUCCGUUUUUGCUUGUGUGGAUUUUAUUUCAGUGUUUUGUUAAUUUGGUUGCACAAUUUUAGUUUUAUUGAAAUGUUAAACACAAUUAAGAAUGCCUUUGUGACAGAAUAACUGCAUAAAAUAAGACAUUAAUUGGGCUUCUCAUGAAACCAUCGAAUGAAAAAGGGUAGUUGUUGCUGUGGAGAUGGGCGAAUGAUGAUGCCUUGUGAAGCCUCUGGGGCUUCUUCCUGGUUGUACUGAACAAAGAUUUGAAGCUUCGAAGCCUUGAAGACAGACACUAAUAUUGGCCCAGCUGCAAAUGUAGCAGCCACGAACUUCCAGAUGAUUCACACUUCAGCCAAGUCACUGUGUUGUUUUUAUGUCUAUUACUUGAAAUAUGGUUUAGAUGUGAAAUAUUUUUGCCGUGAAGUGAGACGAUAAGUAUUUCAACAUCAGUGUUUUGGAAAUAUGACUGUAGGUUUCAUCGGAAAUGAUAAUAAGGACAUCUCUGGAGUUUGAUAAUAUACCUUUUCCUGAUUGUCAUUUAAGAGAACAUGGUUUUAAAGUAACACACGGCGUGAAAAGAUUCAAAUUAAACACAGUAGAGGUACUUUUUCUGCUUGCUUAUGGCAGUGUGGGAAUAAAAUGUGCAUGAGAAAAUUGCACUGGUGGGAUGUGUUUGUGGUUGUGCAACACUUUGUGUGACGUAUGAAGAUUCAGACGUCAUCGACCAUGUGACCAAAGAGAUAUGACGCAAGCCUUGACGACGUUUCGAACCAGUGUGCUUCAGUAACGUGAAACUUUCAGCUUUCAGAGCCUCGGUGUCUCUAAGAGCCUGUUCGAGAGCCGAUUCUUAUUUGGGAGCCGCGACAAAAGAGCCGACUCUCAGAAAAAGGAGGCGAACUUCCCAUCGCUACCGCCCACUGUGAAACCCACGAAGGCGGCUCUGCACACAGUGAUGAGCUAAGUCAGUGAGGGCUGGCUAAAAACUCUGUGGGACUACUUUAGUUGUUUCCUCAGCCUUAAGCCGGAAUAACCAGCUAAUGACACUGUUUAAAACGCCAGGAAGGUCCGCGCGUAAAGCAGCUUAAAACCACGCAAAGGAAAAGUCGUGGUUUAGUCCUGGAAUCCGCCAUGAGACUCUCCUCUCAGUGACUGGCAUCUCAUUAAAAUGGAGCUGUACUGGUACAUAGUCGUCAUCAUAUUCAUCAUUGUGAAGAUAUUCUUCUAUGUUUGCUGGUACCGGUCAAGACAGAGGCAGCUAGCAGCAUACCUGAGCAACCCACGCAACGCUCAGAUAGUCAUCGUUGGAGGACGGGCCUACCUUCACCAGACGUGCGAGAGGCAGAGUCAAACGUCCAUCUGGCCUAGUUGGUAUGGUGUCCAGGAUGACCUGUCGAUAGAGGAGCCGUCCACAGUCCUGCCCCCGGCCCCGUCCUUCACCCAGCUGGAUAUGCCCCCACCGUACGAGGCCGUCUCUGGAGAGGACGACCUGAAGCCUCCUCCCUACAGCGAGUGCGCCCAGGGCGACGAGGCCGACGCCGCCCACCCCUCCCAUCGCACUCCCCUCAUCUCCGACGGAGCGGACUCCAUUAGCGUAACCGAAGCCCCGCCCCCGUACACGCUAUCGCCCUCUACACAAGUCGGGCAGCAAGACGUCCCCGCGGGCCAGUCCCAGUCCACUUAAGUCAGCCCCUGAUGCCAGUUUGCCUUUUCCAUGCACUGCCUUCCUACAUUCAACCUCAGUGAUCAGUGAUCGUUGCCAGCCUGACUCUCAUCACGUGGGAGCAAACGUUUAUUUGGAUGUUUGUGUGCGCGUAUGUUGAGUUUUUAGAAGUUGUUUUUCUACUUUGUAUUGUUUAAAAAAAAAAAAAAAAAAAAAAAAAAAAAGCAGUCAUCUGAUGAGUUUGCCGAUAACAGAUGACAUCAGGAAGCCUGUGUGCCUCAGUCAGGACCACAGAACCUGCCUCCCAGCGAGAAAGACCAUCUUAAUACCCUUGACCUCUCUGAGCUCCGAGGUAAUCCGUGAGCUGCAGAUAAACAAGAAAGACUUUAAGAUGUGCUCUGUUUUAUGAAGUUGUCCCCCCCCCCCCCCUGCUGCGUGCCCGGGGCCACUUCUUUUCACAAAACAGUCGAGUCAUUCUAAAAGCAUGAUCGGGUAGAGGGGAGGGAGGGAGGGAGGGAGGGAGGGGGGGGGCAAGAUGAUUCGAUGCAUGCCGGGGUUUUUGUUCCUGCUACUGUGAAGCAUAAUACGUGGGACAUUCCUUCAACUCUGUAACAACCUGCGAUAGGAAAUUCAUAGUGCUGACAAUCUAAUUACGUUCGCGGGGGCCUCGCUGUGUACAUGUGAAUAAUGAAUAGUUUCUAUUCCAACCUGUGUGCUCAUUGCUUCAUUAUUCCCGCACUUGACUGGCAUUCGAUAAUGAAUUCUCUCCGCCGAUCACCCCGUUAUUGGAACUGGAUGUGUUUUAAUAAAUGAUGGGUGAUUAUUUGGCCUGAAAGAUCUGAGGAGAAACUCUUCACGGGUUCUGUCUGUUGCUGCUUCCAUUAGCUCCAGAAGGCAAACAGCAUAAACAUAGUUAUUUCUUUAAAAAAAGUUGUGGGGAUUUGGACAGUUGUGAAUGUUAUGUCAUGAAUUGUCAUGAAGACGAGCUUGAGCGUUGGGUUGACAUAAUAAUAAAUAAUGUGUAAACUAUCUUGCAAGAAUAUUUGCAGGGCAAUCUGGUUACUGAGAAGAAAUUAAGAAUCGAUUUUUCCUUAACAGUUGUUGCGAAUGUGAGACUAACCAAAAAUCUUACAAAAAAAACAAACAAAACAGCCUUCGUCCGUCGCAAUCCAUGUUAAUCUGCCACAUGUAUGAUGUUGGUAGACUUCAGACAACUGUGUGUAUUUCAUUGUGUAUUGCUUCGUUUUUUUUUGUCACUGCAUUUCAGAUAAAUCGAAAAUAACACUGUAAAAGAUCCAAAUAAUCCAUUUUCCAUGUAAGCGAUGCCUUUUGUCUACGUACAGAGAAAAAAAAAAAAAAAUGAAUGCUGUAUAAUUGUAUACUGAGCUUUUUGGGGGUGCGGGAAGUGUAUAAAAUGCGUCUUUAUGGUGAAUCGGAAGUAAAAGCUCGAAAUCCUUUUUGUAUUGUGGUGACAAAUCGUCAAGUCGUCACUGAUGCCUUUACCAAAUUGUUCCUGUGCUUUUCCGAUCUGACGGAUGCGACAGAGAAGCUCCGGAGAACUCAGCAUGACCCUGAUGGCGACUGACUACUUAAACCUUAGUGUCACGGGCUCCUUCUGUAACCUGCGUCCUGUUACGUGUUCAUUCCCACAGUGGUCGACAUAUCAGAUCUCCACUUAGUAGCGUUGUGAGUCGAGGCUAAUUUUUAUUUUAUUAUUUGAUUUGGGGGGGAGAGAGAAAAAAUAAAUACAUCUUCUGUAUUAAACUGUUGUUAUAUAAAAUA